UCAAUUAAACGUACAAUCGAUCGACUAAGACUAAGAUCUAUUAUUCCUUUUUAAUCUAUGCUUCACGAACGUCACUAUGAAGCAAGUAUCAAAUUGUCAAAAUCUGUGAAAAAAGAUAUAGUAAAUAUUUUUCAAAGCAAAAAUUGGUCAAUACACCGGGAAUUAUGUAGUGUUUGUGUGAAAACGUGUGAAGUAUCAGUUAAACACUAAUUAUUACACUUGAAUACAGCACAACAUCGUCUUAGACGCGUCACGGACGCUGGUUGUGAAGGUCUCAUCAUGGGGCCGUGCUGUGUGGAAGGGUGUGAACUCACUUCUCAGGAAACAUUCUAUUUUGAGUUCCCCACAAGCCGUCUCCUCCGUCGCAAAUGGCUGGAAGUGAUCCCUAUCCCGGGCAAGCUGCCCCUGGGCACGGUGGUGUGCAGCCGGCACUUCAGUGCGGAUGACUACGAGAAUGUGAGAGGCAAGGUGCGGCUCAAGCGUCGAGUCGUGCCCACUCUGUUGUUGGACCAGAGGAAACCCACCUCACCAAAAGAAACACGCCCAAAAUCCCCCACACCACCACCCCCAGAACCCGCAAAUCCCCAACCCCAGUCUCCCCCACCGGCUCCCAGUUCCCAGCCUUCCCCAAUCCCUCCUGCCCCAGCGUCCCCCAAGACUACAGACACGUGUGAUUCGACCACCGUCUCUGUGCCAUCGCCGGUGGACGCAGAGAAACUUAUAGAUGACAUACAGAAGAGAAUAGCGGUGACUGUCAAUAGUUUGCAAGCGCAGAAUGGAGUCAGCAGGGUUGAGAAGCCUGUUGUUAGGAGCCCCCCACCACUAGACCAGAAAGAAGACAUAGAGGACAUGAUAACGAACUACCACAUAAAGAACAAAGUCCCCAACCCGGCGCUACUAGCGGACCUCGUCCCCGACUGCCCCCAACCGGGCCCGGAGUCUGCGCCCGAGUGCUCCCAACCGGGCACACAGCCUGUGCGAGUUACGUCAGAUUCUAUAGAGAUUGAAGAUGUUAAGGAGGCCGAACCGGUUUUUAUUGAGAUUUCUGUUGAUAAAGACGCGAACACAGCGGGUGCGGGCAGCCAGGACUGCCUGAUGCUGCUGGAGAGCGUGCAGGUGGAGGUGGACCCCGCCACCCUGAUGCUGCACGACGACUACUUCGAUACCAGCAAGAAAGAAGAUCCCAUCAGUCUUCUAACUUCAAGCGACGAAGAUGACGUGAUACUCCAAGAGCCACACAUCGACACGGUGGAAGUCUCGGAUGAGACCGAUGAGGACGACAUGCCCCUUGUCAAGCUCGUCAAGAAAACACCAGAUAAGAAGAAAGUCCUGAAAAAAAAGCCACGAAAACAGCGCUCUAAUAUAGAGAAAAUCAUGUGGGGCUUGUACGAUUUUUACUGCGUACAGUGCCAUUUUACUACGACCAGUAGCUUGGAGUAUAACAAGCAUCUUUCUGAGCAUUCUACAGUGCUACAAGUCUGUCAAAUCUGUGGGUAUACGUCGGCAAGUAAAUCCAUGUUUUCCCGACAUACAAGGAUUCAUAAAGUCGAAAAGAAGUUCAAGUGUCAUCUCUGUGACUAUAGAGCGAGACAUAAAAUGUCUCUGAUAUUCCAUUUGAAAAAUCAUGAUAGUGACACACUAGUGAGUGCUAAAAACAGUGACACGCGAGUGAGUGCAAAAAAUGACACCCGAGUGAAAAAGAAGAGUUUUAAGUGUAGAAAGUGUGAUUUUAAAUCUGAUAGUAAGCUUAAAGUGUUUCAACAUUUUAAAGUGUGUUCGAAGGACAAGAAACAUGUAUGUAGUUUUUGUGAGUAUUCUACUAAGAAGAAGAGCGAUUUGAGAAGGCAUGUGCUGAGAAGACAUGCGGAUGUGAACAAUGAUGAUGAUGACGUGGAAUUCUUGGAUGAGUAAGACUGGUUUGGAUAUACAAUAAGUGUAAGUAAGAGAUUUUUAAGUGUAAAGAGUGUGAGGGAGAUAAUCUCUCUCUCUGUCUCUCUGGUUGUAAUUUGGGUUAUGUAAA